AUGACUGCGCCUCCCACACGACUUGAUGCCGUCUGUGAGGCAGUGCAUGGAGACUUUGCAUCGUGUGGGGCUACAAGUCUACAGGAGCUGUGCCAGCAGGUGAGGCGGCUGCGCAUCAAUGUGCAACGCCUGGCAUCCGAGCAGAUACCGUCGCUCGAUGUGGACAUCACCGCUCUUCAGGAGCCGCACCUGCGCGUAGCGAUGCACACAAAUGUUCAUGCGGGCGUCAACGGAAGCAUGUCAACACCAGGGAAUGCAAUUGUUGGUGCCGAGUCGCUCCUUUCGCACUGUAGGAAUCUCACUGCAGACUUUGCACGUGGGUCGCACAGGAUGCCGGACAAGCAACGCCUUCAAACCACAAUAUACGCGGUAGGCUACACGCCCCAUUAUCAUCAGAAAAAACUUCCUUUAUACAAGUCUACAGAAUCACCUGAAAGAUAUCCGAUUCAACAACAAACACAAAAUACAGCUGCGUCCUUGCAACCCACCAAUGCCAAAAGCUCAAUCCAACAGAAAGAACCCAUUUGCAGUGAGACAACAACACAGGCGCCUUCAAAUGAAGAGGAAAUAACAGUUCAAGCAUCCUUUGCAAAUAAAAUACACCAAACAUCACCACCUGCAAAACCCACAAGAGAACUCAAGCCACCACCGUUUGGUCAGGCUGCAACGGGUGACAAACCAACACCGUUUGGACAGGCUGCAACGGGUGACAAACCAUUGCCGUUUGGUCAGGCUGCAACGGGUGACAAACCAACCGUUUGGACAGGCUGCAACGGGUGA